UUUGAGACUACGGAACCUCUGUGACGCGAAGCGAUUAAUUUCGAUUUAUGAAUGGCCCUGACAUGGAGGAAAUUCCGUUUCAGAAAGUCAAAACCCGGCGGAAGAAAGGUCACUGUCCACCUGGAAUUCCUUUCAACGAAAUCGCCUGCGAGGACGAGUUUGACUGCAAAGAGCUGGAAUCGCUCUUCCAAAAUUAUAACCUGAAACUGGAGCAGACAUCGACACUCAAGGCUUUGGCGGUCCUGAUCAUCAUGGCAUCAACUUUGGCUGGAGUGGAGCUGAUGUCCGGUCCUAGCCUUACCAUCUCCAAAGGAUCCCAUCCGGUGCACUCCAUCAUAUUCGUCUCUCUGUUCAUCGUCACAAAUGUAAAGUACCUACAAGUGACACAACUCCAGCAGAUCGUUAACCUGACUUUGCUUUUCGGCUUCACGUUUUCGUUCCUCUGCUGUCCGUUCUCUCUGGCGGCGUUCGGCACGGAGCCUCCGGCUUCCCCGGAGCAGGGGAUGUGGCAGCUGAUGCUGGUCACGUUUGUCGCCUACUCCCUUCUGCCCGUACGGACUCUGUUAGCCGUACUCUUUGGAAUUAUGGUCGCCGUGUCCCAUAUAAUCGUGACGGCCACAUCAGUCACUGUCAAGCGACAGAGGUUAUGGAGAACACUGGUGGCGAACACUGUCCUGUUCACCAGUGUGAACCUCUCCGGGCUGUUUGUGAGGAUUCUGACCGAGAGAGCCCAGAGGAAGGCAUUCCUGCAGGCACGCAACUGCAUCGAGGAGAGACUGCGCAUGGAGGAUGAGAACGAGAAACAGGAGCGCCUCCUCAUGAGCCUGCUGCCCAGGAACGUCGCCAUGGAGAUGAAAGAGGACUUCCUGAAGCCUCCAGAGAGGAUCUUUCACAAGAUCUACAUCCAGAGGCACGAUAACGUCAGCAUCCUGUUUGCAGACAUCGUGGGCUUCACCAGCCUGGCCUCCCAGUGCACAGCGCAGGAGCUGGUCAAGCUGCUCAAUGAACUCUUCGGGAAGUUUGAUGAGCUGGCCACGGAGAACCACUGUCGGCGGAUCAAGAUUCUGGGGGACUGCUACUACUGCGUGUCCGGCCUGACGCAGCCCAAGACUGACCACGCCCACUGCUGUGUGGAGAUGGGCCUGGACAUGAUUGACACCAUCACGUCGGUGGCGGAGGCCACGGAGGUGAACCUGAACAUGCGUGUGGGGAUGCACACGGGACGCGUGCUGUGUGGCGUGUUGGGACUCAGGAAGUGGCAGUACGACGUCUGGUCUAACGACGUGACGCUGGCCAAUGUGAUGGAGGCCGGGGGACUGCCGGGGAAAGUGCACAUCACCCGAACCUCGCUGGACUGCCUGAACGGAGACUACGAGGUGGAACCAGGGAACGGACACGAGAGACACGCCUUCCUGCAGAAGCACCAGAUCGAGACCUUCUUCAUCGUACCGUCUCACCGACGCAAGAUAUUUCCUGGGCUGAUCCUAUCGGACAUAAAACCCGCCAAAAAGAUGAAGUUUAAAACCGUGUGCUACCUGCUGGUGCAGCUCAUGCACUGCCGCAAGAUGUUCAAGGCCGAGAUUCCCUUCUCCAACGCCAUGAGCUGUGAGGACGGAGACAAGAGAAGGGCGCUGCGUACCGCCCCGGAGAAGCUGAGGAACCGCACCUCGUUUUCGGCCAACGUGGCGCAGAGCAGCCCCGGGAGCCGCGUCAACCGCUACAUCGGCCGUCUGAUCGAGGCGCGGCAGACCGAGUCCGAGACCGCCGACCUGCACUUCCUCACGCUCAUGUACAAACGCAGCGAGCGCGAGACCAAGUACCACCAGCUCCAGGACGAGUACUUCAUCAGCGCCGUGGUGCUGUCGCUGGUGCUGGCUGCCUUAUUCGGCCUGGUGUACCUGCUGAUAAUCCCGCAAGGCACGGUGGUGCUGGUCCUCCUGGUCUUCUGUAUCUGCUUCCUCAUGGCCUGUAUCAUGUACCUGCACAUCACCAGAAUACAGUGUUUCCCAGGGUGCCUCACCAUACAGAUCAGGACUGUGCUGUGUGUGUUUAUCGUGUUCUUAAUAUACGCCGUGGCCCAGGCAUGUGUGGCCGGCUGCAUGCCGUGGCUUUGGGGCAGGGACUCGGCCAGCUCCAUCGUCAUCCUGGAGGCGGACGGGGCCAACCGCACCAUGGCGGAGCUGCCCUGCGACGGGGCCCGCUACGCCUUCCUGUCCUGCGCCGGGGGGGCCCUCACGCUCGCACUCUUCCUCCGCGUCUCCUGGCUGCCAAAGAUCAUCCUCCUCUUCCUCCUCAGUGUCUUAUACAUAACCGUGCUGGAGGUCAGCGGGUUCAGGCUGUCCGUCGGUGCGGGGCUGUUCCACAUUCGGGGCUUUGAGCCCAUCCUGUCCAUCCUGCUCUUCGCUGGCACCCUGGCCCUGCACUCCCGCCAGCUGGACCUCAAACUACGCCUCGACUACCUCUGGGCUGCGCAGGCAGAAGAGGAGAGAGACGGCAUGGAGAAGGUGAAGCUGGAUAAUAAGAGGAUUCUGUUUAACCUCCUGCCUGUGCAUGUGGCCCAGCACUUCCUCUUGUCUAACCCCAGAAACAUGGACCUGUACUACCAGUCCUACGCCCAGGUGGGGGUGCUGUUCGCCUCCAUCCCCAACUUCAAUGACUUCUACAUCGAGCUGGACGGCAACAACAUGGGGGUGGAGUGCCUGCGUCUCCUCAACGAGAUCAUCGCCGAUUUCGACGAGCUCAUGGAUAAGGAGUGCUACAGGGACAUCGAGAAGAUUAAGACCAUCGGGAGCACGUACAUGGCAGCUGUGGGCCUGGUGCCUACCAUUGGAACCAAGGCCAAAAAGUCGAUCGUCACACAUUUAAGCACAGUGGCAGACUAUGCCAUCGAGAUGUUCGACGUCCUCGACGAAAUCAACUAUCAGUCAUACAACGAGUUUGUGCUGAGAGUGGGUGUGAAUGUGGGCCCCGUGGUGGCAGGGGUCAUAGGGGCCCGCAGACCCCAGUAUGACAUCUGGGGGAACACCGUCAACGUGGCCAGCAGGAUGGACAGCACGGGUAUCCCGGGGAAGAUACAAGUCACGGAGGAAGUGUACCGCAUGCUGAACAACGACUAUGACCUCGUGUGUCGGGGCAAGGUCAGCGUGAAGGGCAAGGGCGAGAUGCUGACCUACUUCCUGGAAGGGAAGAUCCAGAGCUCCGCCUGCCAGGCCCGGCCGGGCGGGGCCAACGCGGGCGGGGCCAACGCGGGCGGGGCCGCGUACGGGAGGCCCUGCGUCCAGGACCGGGUGGGCGGGGCCUCCCCGUGCCCGGCCCACGGGUCCAACCUUCCGGCGCGGGUGGGCAUCAGCCCCAAGAACAGCAGCCCCGCCCUCGCCACCACCGCACUACAAUUCCCAGCAACCUCCAGGGCGGCCGUGGAGGAGGUGUGA